UCCCAGGCGCUGACCACCUUCCUCUUCCCACAGGGCCUGCGCUGUGCCGUGCAGAGCAGUUCCUGCCUGGACGACAGCUGGGUCCACCCUCAGAACCUGACCCCCUCCUCCCCCAAGCUCGUGAGGACCCAGCUGGGCGUGGCCCUCACUGGGCAUGGGGACCGCGUCCCUGUGCUGCUCAUCGAGUGGACCCUGCAGACGGACGCCAGCAUCCUGUACCUGGAGGGCACGGAGCUCUCCCUCCUGCAGCUGAGCACCAACGAGCAGCUGUGUGUCAAGUUCCAGUUCCUGUCCAGGCUGCAGCACCAUCACAAGCGGUGGCGGUUCAGCUUUGAGCACUUCGUGGUGGACCCUGCGGAGGAGUACGAGGUGACGGUGCACCACCUCCCCAAGCCCUUCCCCGAUGGGGACCCCAACCAUCAGUCCAGGAGAGUGGUGGUGCCUGGCUGCCAGGACUCCAUGAUGAAGACAACCACGCCCUGUGUGAGCGCAGGUGCGAUCUGCCCUGACUGCCUUGCCGCGCAGCGUUGCCCCAGCUGUGCUGAAAUCGGGCUCAAGCAGCCCCACUGCCUCGGCCUCCGGAGUAACCGAACCGCAGGCUUCACCACAGCCCAGCCUCUUGACACCCGGCCUCCGCUCCCCCAGAUCCAGCCGUUCUUCAGCAGCUGCCAGACCGACUGCUUGAGACACGCAGUGACGGUGCCCUGCCCGGAGCCCCCGCCCUCCCCAGAGUCCUUUGCAGACCGCGUCCCCCUGUGGGUGUCCGGCCUCAUCACGGGCGCCGCCGUGCUGCUGGUGGCCUCCGUCAUCCUGCUGGCCGUCUGCAUGACCUGGAAGCUCUCAGGAACCAUUGGGGAUUGCUGUGUGUCCACGGCUGCUCUCGGAGCUGUGGUGCUCCCUGGCCGCCUGCCGGGUCUCGCGGGGGUCGGAGGACGCCUGGUGUCGGCCGGGUGGUCUCGGCCCGCCAGAGGAUGCCGGUGUCGGCCAGGUGGUCUCUCUCGGCCUGCUGGAGGCACCGGUGUCAGCCAGGUGGUCUCGCAGGGGCCGGAGGACACCAGUGUCGGCCGGAUCUCGGCCCGCCAGAGGACACCCAGGCGUGUCUCCGCAGCCUCUCCCCAGUGGGUUCUUUCUUCCACAGGGUCUCGCCACAGGAAGCACGGUGACCAGAGCAAGCGCACAGAUGUCCAGCCUGCCGUGGACCUGACCCCGCGGCUGCUGAAGCCCAGGAAGGUCUGGAUCGUCUACUCGGCCGACCACCCCCUCUACGUGGACGUGGUCCUCAAGUUUGCCCAGUUCCUGCUCACGGACUGCGGCACCGAGGUGGCCCUGGACCUCCUGGAGGAGCGGACCAUCUCGGAGGUGGGGGUGCUGAGCUGGGUGGGGCGCCAGAAGCAGGAGGCGGCCGAGGGCGGCUCCAAGAUCAUCGUCCUGUGCUCCCGAGGCUCCAGGGCCAAGUGGCAGGCCAUGCUGGGCGGGGCGGGGCCGGCCGUGCAGCUGCGCUGCGAGCGCCAGCGGCCGGCCGGAGACCUCUUCACGGCCGCCAUGAACGUCAUCCUGCCCGACUUCAAGAAGCCGGCCUGCUUCGGCGCCUACGUCGUCUGCUACUUCAGCGACCUCAGCGGGGAGCAGGACGUGCCGGACCCGUUCCGCAUCACCUCCCGGUACCCGCUCAUGGCCGGCUUCGAGGACGUCUACUUCCGCAUCCAGGACCUGGAGAUGUUCGAGCCGGGCCGCAUGAACCGCGUCGGGGAGCUGGCCGGGGACAGCUACCUGCGGAGCCCCAGCGGCCGGCAGCUGGCCGAGGCCGUGGAGCGCUUCCGCGGCUGGCAGGCCCGGUGCCCGGGCUGGUUUGAGCGGGAGAGCCUCACUCCCCAGAGCCCCACAGAUGGGGAAUUAGGUACCCUGCUCCCCGACGGCCCCCCAGAAGAUCCAGCUUCCUGUCCAUCCAUCCAGGAAUUCCCCCCAAGCCGUUGCUCCAAGCAUCGUUCUGGCCCAGCCCUGGCACGAAGCGGCGGUUGGGAUGCGUUCCUCUGGAGGCGGAAGGCCUGGCUGACUGGCAUUCACAGACCCUGUAACCGGCACCAAACCCCGCUGGGGGUGGCGGCCACGUCGGACGCAGCUGGAGUGCGUGGCCGCGUUGUGCAAGCUGCACCAGCGUGUGGUGAGCCUCGGGGCAGCCCUCCAGGCCGAGGCAGCCCAGGAGGAAGGCGGCGGCCCAGGAGGAAGGCGGCGGCCCAGGAGGAAGGCUUUCUUGAGAUGAAGAGCCAGGUACAGGCCACGCAGCAGCGGCGCCGACAGCGCCUGCGCCACUUUCGGAGCCAGCGCGUGUGCAUACAUCAGCCAGGCCAGGGUUGCUAUAAGAUUCUGCGUGUCAGCCAUAAUGCCCCACCUCAGCACACGAUGCUGUGCAACGGAGAGCUCGCUGACCUCCAGCCCCAGGAGCCCCUGGCAGGGGCUCAGACCAGCCACCCGAGAGGCGGCAGCAGCAGCAGCAGCAGCAGCAGCAGCAGCAGCAGCGGGAAGCAGAGGAACUGA